AGCACUCAGAGUGUGAGCUGAGCCACUCGGGUUAUUUUGGGGGUCAGCUGUCAUUCGUCCUGUCAGCUGGACCCUCCUCCUCCUCGUCCUCCUCGUCUCUCCUUCCUCUGUCCCUCUCUGUUCUCUUCGUCACCUCCUCUCCUUCACUCCACUGAUCCUGCUUGCUGAAGAUGGAGGCGUCAGUGGAAGCAGCUGAGGUGUUGGUGUCCCCGCAGCCUGAUGUGGCGACCUCCUCUGUGGACGCCAACAACACUGACGGAGAGGUGGCUGCUCCUGCUCCUCCUCCUGCAGCCAGCGACUCCUCCUCCUGCUCCGACCCCAUGGAGGAGUUCAGCAGACGGCUGGAGGACAUCAUCAGCACCUACGGCUCAGCGGCCGACGCCUUGGACAAACAGGUGGAGGCGGAGAAGACGAGGAAGGAGGCAAACGAUGGCAUCGCAGCGUCCAUGGAGGCAGAAGUGUCUGUCGUCAUGCAGAGUCUGAACCAGCUGUCCUCUCCAGAGGACAAACUGGGACAUCUGCUCAGGAAAUACGCCGAACUGGCGGUCUCGCGGCGCUCGGACGAGAGGACGCUGUGUGUCCUGCAGGAUGAGACUCGCAGCAGCAUCGCAGCUCGCAGUAAACUGGAGAUCCUGUGUCGAGAACUGCAGGGACACUACAGCCUCCUCAGGGAGGAGACCCUUCGGCACUGCAGGGAGGAUGAGGAGAAGAGGACGGAGAUGGUGGACCACUUCCAGACGAAGCUGGCAGAAAUCCAGACUCAGAUCGAGCAGCACAACGCCCGAAACGACAAGCUGUGCCGCGAAAACGCCAACCUGACCGACAAGCUGGAGAGUCUGAUGAACCAGUGUGAGCUGAGGGAGGAGAGUUUGGAGAAGAUCAACCAGCGACGUGACCUGCAGCAGAAACUGACCGAAGCCAAACUGCAGCAGGCCAACGCGCUGCUGAGCGAAGCCGAGGACAAACACAAGAGGGAGAAAGAAUACUUGCUUAGGGAGGCUAUUGACAAAACAAAGAAAUGCUUCGCUAUGAAGGAGCAGGAGCUGGCCAUGAAGAAGAAGCUGACCCUCUACGGUCAAAAGUUUGACGAUUUCCAGGCGACGUUGGCCAAAAGCAACCAAAUCUACGCCCGCUUCAAAAAGGAGAUGGAUAAUAUGUCAGAAAAGAUGAAGAAAAUGGAGAAAGAGUCAAAUCUGUGGAAGGCACGAUUUGAGAACUGCAACAAGGCUCUGACCGACAUGAUUGAAGAGAGAACCGAGAAGGGCAAAGAGUACGAUCUGUUUGUGCUGAAGAUCCAGAAGCUGGAGAAGUUGUGUCGUGCCCUACAGGAUGAGAGGAUAGUCCUGUAUGACAAGAUCAAGGAAGUCCGCCACGCUAACUCCAACCUCCCAUCGAAGGUGUUCGGCAGCUCUAAACUCGGUGACAUCGCCAACACUGAGGGGUCUGACAAAUCUUCCCUGGAGACCCCCCUGACCCCCCUGGAGCUCCAGGAGAUGGAGGAGGACGACCCGGUCUUAACGGAGAACAUGAGCCGUCUGACGGAGGAGCAGGCCAAGCUGCAGGAGUUUGCCGCCUCCCUGUUGGCCACACCCAGCGACGAUGAAGAAGACGACAAACAUGAGGUAGAUCUCGAAGAAGACACAGUGGCUUCUGCAUUUGUCCAGUUCAAAAUCAAAACUCCAGUCAAAAAGGAGUCUGUCUCAGUCCCUGAACAGGUGGUAGAGGUAACAUCACAGACAUCAGAAUCAGGUCUACCACAGCCAGAUAAAGCUGAGGAGGUUCCAGAGCCAGCCAUGGCUCCACCAGAACCUCCAACACCUGUGGAGAGCACUUCUGAAACAGAAGCAAAAACAGAAACAGUAGAAGUUCAAGCCGAGGACAAAGAGGUCCAACCAGAACCAGAUGUUAAACCAGAUGAGGAGAUCCAGCAGCAAGCUGCUGAAUCAGUACCAACAUCAGAGCCACAGAAAGUCGAGAUCAAUCCACCAACAGACCUGAAACCAGAAGCAGCAGAGGCUGAAGUUCUCAUCCAGGCUGGUGAGGUCAAACCAGUGAUCCCAGUGGAGGAAAAGAAGGUCCAGGCUGAACCAGUGCAAGAACCAGAAGAAGCACCAACCAACUCAACCGAGUCAACUUUGCCCACAGAAAACUCACCUAAAAUGACGGCCUCCUCCAGUUCCAACUGCUCGAAGAAACAAACUCCAAAGAAGAAGAAGAAGAAGAACACCAAGAGCGCCAGCUAAAGCUCAGGAUGUGCAGAAGUGUGUGUGUGUGUGUGUGUGUGUGGUGUUGUUUGGGAAUAGUGUGUGUGUGUGUGUGUGUGUGCUUAGCUAAAAUCAUCCGGUUAACAGUUAAAGCCUUUGGUUUGUCCAGCUGGUGCAGCUGAAGCUGUCAGUGUUGUUUUCUCAGCACAGGAGAGCAGACGAACAAAGCGACUGUGUUUUACAGUUUGAAUAUUCAGAGUUAAAUCCAGAUUUAGUGUGAACAAAAGUGCCAUCAAACAUUUUUUAAGAUGCUAAAGCAGUAAAGAGCAAAGCUGUAAAGCAGUCUGUUUUAAACUAAAAACCACAGUGCAUCACUGCAACACAAAUAAAGUGAUUUUUUUGACA